UUUUUACUUGACAAAUAAACUGUCAGAUCGAAUUUGGCCGAGUAGCUAAAAUCGAAUUUGGCUGAUUCUUUCUUUCGAAAUGUUGCGGAGAGUUGAAAAUUAAUUUGCGGCUUAUUUUUAUAAUUUCCUGGAGACUAACUAAAUCGAUAAUUUAAUAUUCAUGAAUCUCUUAAGUGUCAUAAGCGACUAAUAAUAGGUUAUGUUGUGUGAUCUGUUUUGUCGCCGUGAAGUAUAACAGCCACAAUGGAUCCAAACAUUUAUGCUUUGGUUUUGGACACACUAAACCGCGCCACUAGUCAAGACACUGAAGUAUUAAAGCCUGCGGAGAAGAAACUACAAGAAUGGGAAACUGAACCUGGCUUUUAUUCUGUUCUCUUGAAUGUUUUAACGAAUCACUCUAUUGAUGUCAAUGUUCGUUGGCUAGCGGUUAUGUGCUUCAAGAAUGGCGUUGAGAGAUAUUGGCGAAGGAAUGCACCACAUGCCAUUGCUGAUGAUGAGAAGCACAAGCUGCGUCAGGGCAUCCUCACAUCUCCUGUAUUCAAUGAACCAGUGACUCAGAUUGCUACGCAGCAAGCGGUGUUAAUCUCAAAGAUAGCAAGGUUCGACUGUCCUAAUAACUGGCCGAAUUUGGUGCCGGAUUUAAUUGGUGCGUUGAAAGCCCCACAGCCCCUCGUGCAACAUAGAUCAUUGCUUAUAUUUCAUCAUGUAGUCAAAGCUUUGGCAUCGAAAAGACUUGUGGGUGAUAGAAGAACAUUUUCUGAACUAACAAAUACGGUAUAUCCGUUCAUACUUCAACUAUGGCAUGAGAACACCCAAGUGUUCCUCCGUCACAUACAAGAGAGUGCUGCGACUGACCUGAUCACUGAACAUCUGGAGAAGGCACUCCUCUGUCUGAGGAUCUUGAGAAAGUUGACUGUCUUUGGGUUUAAGAAUGCACAUGACAGUGAGGAUGCAGUGGCAUUCUUGAAUGUUGUGUUUGAUAGAGCUAAGACCAGUUUAGAGUGCCGUAAACUCCUCAAAGGUCGAGGUAUCUACCCUUUGGAGUUAUGUGAAAAGUUCAUAAUACAUCUAACUAAAGUGGCUCUAGGCGUGUUGUGCUUCCAUCCAUUCUCCUAUGUGCCUCUGAUACGUCCUUCGCUGGAGUUUGCUCUGUUCUAUUGCUUCACUGAGCAAGGAAUGUCUCUCAUAUAUGAGAGGUUCACGAUACAAUGUCUCAAUAUACUGAAAAUAAUUCUGCAGUGCGUUGAAUAUAAAUUGCCUAAAGGAGAAACUGUUACUGAUCCUUUGGUGCUGCAGGCGCACCAGGUGAAGCAGGAGGUGCUGGACGAGCGCACAGUGUGCCACAUGUGCCGGCACCUCGUGGCGCACUACUUCCCGCUCAGCGGCGACGACCUCGCGCUCUGGGACGCGGAGCCCGAGAGCUUCGCCACCGACGAGGCCGGCGAAUCCUGGAAGUACAGCCUUCGGCCGUGCACGGAGUCCGUGUUCAUGGAGCUGUUCCGGCUGCACCGCGCGGCGCUGGCGCCGGAGCUGGUGCGGCUGCUGGGCGCGCUGCCCGCCGCGCUGCCCGCCGCGCCCGCCGACCUGCCCGCCAUCCUGCACAAGGACGCCGUCUACAACGCGGUGGGGCUCGCCGCCUUCGAACUGUACGAUGACAUUGAUUUCGACGAAUGGUUCACAAGUGUGUUAAGUCAAGAGUUGAAGAUCAAAGACAAUAACUACAGAAUUAUAAGAAGGAGGGUCUGUCAGUUAAUAGGUACUUGGAGCGGCGUGCGCGCAUCGCAGGCGCUCCGGCCGGCGAUGUACACCGCGCUACUUGAACCUCUCAGUCGUAAGGAUGAAGACCCCGCAGUGAAGUUAGCCGCGGCCGAGGCGUUGCGUAGUACUAUUGAUGACUUCAGCUUCGAUGUAGAUGUGUUCGCACCCUUCGCGCCACACGCACUCGCUGCGCUGUAUGAUCUCCUGGUGGAGUCCGAGGAGUGCGACACGAAGAUGCACGUGCUGCACGUGGUGUCGUACGUGACGGAGCGGUGCGGCGCGCGCGUGGCCCGCGGGGGCGAGGGUGGGGGCGCGGGCGCGGGCGCGGCGCCGCUGUUCGCCUACCUGCCGCAGCUGUGGCACCACGCCGCGCACCACCACAUGCUGCGCGCGGCGGCGCUCGCUGCCAUAGUGCAUCUCGUUAAGGCGCUGGGCGAGUGCGCGCCGAGCAUGCGGCCGUGGAUCCUGAGCGUGGUGAACGAGUCGACGAAGCUGAGCGAGCCGGCGCACGUAUUUACUAAGGACUCACAACAAUCUACGGAACAUCUAAGGAUAGUGAUAUAUAUAAUGCAAGCGUAUGCAUUACUGUGUCCGGAGGAGUUCUUCCUCGGCGCAGGAGCGAAGUGUAUGGCGCUGCUGGAGGACAUGCUGAGUGACAUGCGCACAGAGGGUGUCAUCGCAGCCCUCAAGAUGGCGGAGAUCGCGAUCAGUGUCACUUAUCCUGAGAGAAACGCCUUUUUAGGUCUAGGUUUAGUGGCAUUGCUGACGACGCAGAACGCCACCGUGCUGCAGAGGUUCCCCGCCAUCUUGCUCAACAUCACUGAAGUACUGAACGAUGUUAUGAAGACUGAAGAGAACGGCACAUAUAUCGAUGGUCUGGUAGCACCUCCGGGCUCGCGGCCCGCUUCCCCGCUGGAGGGACGCGGGGGCGCGGCGCGCUGGGCGGGCGCGGGGGGAGAGGACACCGCGCACGAGCAGCGUCGCCGCCGCCUCGCCGCCGCACACCCCGCGCACGCCGUCGAUUUACGCCUCGUUACACACCACCAGGUACUCAUGCACUCCUGGUACUUUUAUGUACAAUACUAG